GAAAGUGAGCUGCAGAAAAAUCAUGAGAGUACCAGUGUAUUACAUUGCCAUACUUCUCUUUUGCUCCUCUUUAUUGCUGAUUAUACAAACAGCCACAGCUAUUGACACCAUAAACACAACUCAGUCCAUUAGAGAUGGCGAUAACAUAACUUCAUCUGGUGGAAACUAUGUGUUAGGGUUUUUCAGCCCAGGAAAUUCCAAACACCGGUUCUUGGGGAUAUGGUAUGGCAAAAUAUCUGUCCUGACUGCUGUUUGGGUUGCCAACAGAGAGGCUCCACUUAACGAUUCAUCGGGUGUUUUACGGCUUACAGACGAAGGAAUUCUUGUCCUUCUCAAUCGUACCGGGAGUGUAAUUUGGUCUUCAAACACGUCAACACCAGCAAGGAAUGCAGUUGCACAGCUUUUGGAUUCAGGAAACCUUGUUGUGAAAGAGAAGGGUGAUCAUAACCUAGAAAAUCUCUUAUGGCAGAGUUUUGAACAUCUCAGUGAUACAUUGUUGCCAGAAAUGAAGCUAGGACGGAAUAGAAUAACGGGCAUGGACUGGUACAUUACAUCAUGGAAGUCAACGGAUGAUCCUUCGAGAGGUAACGUCUCAGAAAUCCUUGUUCCUUAUGGAUAUCCGGAGAUACUUGUGAUGGAGAAUUCAAUUGUGAGGCAUCGGUCAGGACCGUGGAACGGCCUGCGAUUCAGUGGUACGCCUCAGUUGAAACCAAAUCCCAUGUAUACAUUUGAAUUUGUUUAUAAUGAGAAGGAGAUAUUCUACCGAUAUCAUGUUCUUAAUAGCUCAAUGCUUACAAGGCUCGUGGUAACUCAAAAUGGCGAUAUCCAGCGCUUUGCCUGGAUUUCUCGGACACAAAGCUGGAUAAUUUAUCUUACAGUAAAUACUGAUAAUUGUGAACGUUAUGCCCUAUGUGGUGCAAAUGGUAUCUGUAGUAUUGACAAUUCACCAGUGUGCAAUUGUUUGAAUGGAUUUGUACCGAAUGUUCAAAGCGAAUGGGAGAUGAUGGACUGGUCAAGCGGUUGCCUUAGAAGGACUCCACUAAAUUGUUCUGGAGAUGGGUUUCGACAGCUCUCAGGUGUGAAGUUGCCUGAGACUAAAACAUCAUGGUUUAACAAGAGUAUGAACCUCGAGGAAUGCAGGAACACAUGCUUGAAGAACUGCAGUUGUACAGCAUUUUCAAAUUUGGACAUCAGGAAUGGAGGAAGUGGGUGUUUGCUCUGGUUUGGUGACCUGAUUGAUAUCAGAAUUUUCGUUGACAAUAAGCCAGACAUUUAUGUAAGGAUGGCAGCUUCUGAACUAGAUAAUGGUGGCGCUGUGAAGAUUAAUGCUAAAUCCAAUAUGAAGAAGAGGAUCAUAGUAAGCACUGCGUUGUCUACAGGGAUUCUAUUCCUUUUCCUAGCCUUGUUCUGGUAUAUUUGGAAAAAAAAGCAGCAGAAAAAGGGAAAAGUCACAGGUAUUGUUAGAAGUUCAAUUAACAAUCCAGGAGAAGAUCUUGAUUUACCGUUGUUCUAUUUGGAUACCUUGACUCUUGCUACCAAUAACUUUUCAGUUGACAACAAGCUUGGAGAAGGGGGUUUCGGAGCAGUUUAUAAGGGGACUUUGAAAGAUGGACAAGAAAUAGCUGUGAAGAGGCUCUCUAAGAAUUCAAGACAAGGACUUGAUGAGUUCAAAAAUGAAGUCAAAUACAUGGUGAAACUUCAGCACCGGAAUCUGGUGAAGCUUCUAGGUUGCUGCAUUGAAGGCGAUGAGUAUAUGUUGAUCUACGAGUUCCUGCCUAACAAAAGCUUGAACUUCUUUAUUUUCGAUGAAACACACAGCUUGAAACUAGAUUGGCCUAAGCGCUACAACAUCAUCAAUGGGAUUGCUCGUGGACUCCUUUAUCUUCACCAAGAUUCAAGACUAAGAGUAAUUCAUAGAGAUCUAAAAGCAAGCAAUGUUUUAUUGGAUUACGAAAUGAACCCAAAAAUCUCAGACUUUGGCCUGGCUAGAAGUCUUGGAGGAAAUGAAACCGAAGCCAAUACAAAUAAAGUGGUUGGAACAUAUGGCUAUAUAUCCCCUGAAUAUGCCAUUGAUGGACUCUACUCGCCAAAAUCCGACGUCUUCAGCUUUGGAGUGCUGGUGCUAGAGAUAUUGAGUGGGAAUAGGAAUCGAGGAUUCUGUCAUCCUGACCACAACCUCAACCUUCUGGGGCACGCUUGGAAGCUGUUUACUGAAGGCAGGCCUUUGGAACUGGUUUCGGAAUCAAUAGUUGAAACUUGCAAUUUAUCUGAAGCGCUCCGUUUGAUUCACGUGGGUUUAUUAUGCGUGCAAGAAAAUCCAGAAGACAGGCCAACCAUGUCAUAUGUGGUUUUGAUGUUGGGUAAUGAAGAUGCCUUGCCUCGGCCUAAACAACCUGGUUUUUACACUGAAAGGGAUUUGAUUGAAGCAGCUUAUACAUCAAAUUCAAGCCAGAGCAAACCAUAUUCGGCUAAUGAAUGCUCGAUUUCGAUGAUAGAGGCAAGAUAAAUUGCUUUUGGUGCUGAUGUUUUGUGUGGUCAUGAAGUUCUUGAUCGGUUAUUUCUAGAAGCUAUAGCGACUUCCAAGUCCUCCUUAUGUUUGUCAUGAUACCGUUAUAAAUCUAUUCCAGGGAAUGAGAGUUUGAUAAUCUUGUUAUGGUAAGCGCACUCAGUUGCGCAUUUUCAGGAAUGUCUUCCACUACACUAAACUUUGUGUAGUUUAAGGAGACGAAGUAAGAAAUACUACUACUAGGUAUAGGCAUGAUAGUAGAAGUAAGUUGACAAAAGGCUUCUGUAUUGUAGUAUGUCUUCCCCAAUAAUAAAAGGAACGCAUGGUAUGUGAAGAA